AUGGCCGGAGCAGUGGCAGGAACAGCUGCUGACUCUGUUCUAUUUCCAUUAGAUACCAUUAAAACAAGGUUACAAUCGCAAGGCGGGUUUGCGCUGGCAGGAGGGUUUAGAAAAAUUUACUCAGGCAUGCUUUCUUCUUUUGUUGGAAGUGCACCGAAUGCCGCUUUAUUUUUCGUAACUUACGAAGCAAUCAAACGACUUAUGUAUACCACCUCUUCAAAUAACCAUCAGGAUUACCAACACCAAAAUAACCAACAAUUACAAUCAUCUUAUAUUUAUAUGACAGCCGCCACUUGUGGUGAAAUAUCUGCUUGUACAAUACGUGUCCCUACUGAAGUUAUAAAACAACGCAUGCAGAUCAAUCAAUUCAGCACAACCUACAAUGCAUUAUCGAGCAUAUUACGAACGGAAGGCAUUUUAGGGCUUUACCGUGGAUUUCUACCAACAGUUGCCCGAGAAAUUCCAUUCACUUGCAUACAGUUUCCAAUGUAUGAAUAUCUUAAAUACAAAUACAGCCAGCAUCAUGGAAAUAGGAUAGUACAGCCUUUUGAGGCAUCUAUGAUGGGAUCAAUCGCAGGAGGUAUAGCUGCAGCUAUAACAACACCUUUAGACGUAUGUAAAACAAGGAUUAUACUUUCGACAAAGUCUUCAGAAACAGGUACUCGACCUUAUACAGAUAUAGUACAAACGAUGAAACGGAUUAUAUCAGAAGAAGGACCGAAGAAAUUAUUUGCUGGAAUAGGGCCUCGUGUAAUGUGGAUAUCGCUUGGCGGUACGAUUUUUUUUGGCGUUUAUGAGAAAGGCUUAAAGACAUUCAAUGAACUACAAUUGUUAGAAAGAUGA